AUGUCUCUCUCAGAUACAGUCCAGAUAAUGGCCGAGUCAAAUUCUAUUAUCUACGGGAACACUUCCAACCCCAGUAACAGUGACAGCGAUGUAUCAUUACACUCAAUUCACUCGUUACUUAUUCAAAUGAAUUCUAGACUCUGUGAAAUCGAGAGCAAGAUGUCCCAAUUAAAUGUUAUUCAAAGUGAUGUGGCCAAAAUCAAGACAAAAGUAACUGAUCUAGACUCAGAAAUAAAGAACAUACAUGUACGUAGUGAAUUCAAAGACCUUGAGUCUAAUGUAAGUUCUUUGGGGUUAGUAUUUGACUCUGUGAAAGAUACGGCGGAAGCGGCUAAGAAACAGGCUGAAAGUAAUAAAAAUGACAUCAAGAGAGCAGGUCAUGAAUAUAGAGCAGCACAAAGUCAGACUGAGCGAGAUAUACAAUUAUUAAAUAAAGAAAAUGCAGAAAUUAGAGACUCUAUCAUCGACUUAAAAGCCAGAUCCAUGAGAGACAAUCUAGUGUUCUCAGGCAUUCCAGAACAGAAAGGAGAGGACACAGAGGAGGUUCUGCAACUUUUCCUUCGGAAGAAAUUUAGGCUUGAUUGCGAACUUUCAUUUGAACGGGUCCACAGGAUGGGAAAGUUCAGAGAAUUCAGUGAAAAACCUAGAAACAUUGUAGCAAAAUUCACGUAUUUCAAGGACCGGGAAUACAUCAGAAUCAAAGCGCCACAUAGACUCCAUGGAUGUAACAUCUGGGUAAAUGAACAGUUUCCGGCAGAAAUCGAGGAGAGGAGGAAAAAACUCUACCCCGUUAUGCGACAGGCGAGACAAGACAGAUGCACGACCAAGCUAGUGCGAGAUGUGCUAUAUAUUAACGGGAAAGUGUAUACACCUCCACCUCCACUUAUAACGGAGAUGUCGGAAGAAACACCAUCCUUCAGAUCCUCCGGGCAGUCAUCACACGGAAAUCGGUGGACUCAAAAUCAGCAGACACCUAGGGGCGAGCGACCAACCCAGAAGAGACCGCGCACUGGAUCUACUCCAGACCGCACUGACGACUAG